AUGAACAGCGUGGGCGAGGCGUGCACGGAGCUGAAGCGCGAGUACGACCAGUGCUUCAACCGCUGGUUCGCCGAGACCUUCCUGAAGGGCGAGCGCGGCGCGGACCCCUGCGGGCAGCUCUUCCGCCGCUACCAGCUCUGCGUGCAGAAGGCGAUCAAGGAGAAGGACAUCCCCAUCGAGGGCCUGGAGUUCAUGGGCCCCAGCAAGGGCAAAGCGGAGAGCUCCUCCUGACGCGGCGGCGAAGGGGCCUCGCCCGGGAAGCACGUGCAGCCCGCUGCGUGUAGGGGACAGAAACAAGGAAAAGGGGAAAAAAAAAAAAAAAAGGAAAAAAGAAAGGAUCAUGUGGUGAUUGCUCCCCUUUUUGCAAUGAACAUCGGUGGUGGUUCAGGCUCUGACAAUGGGGAAACUCUUUUUAACUGACUUCCUAUGGGAACGUGCUCUGGGAUGGGAGACACUGAUGAGGAUGGCUGAGUUGUUGGUUGAUCCGUAGCUGAUUUUCUCUUGCUCGUUCAUGUACUGCUUGAGAGGGUUUAAAAGGUGUGUGAAGGGGAUUGAUUGGGUUACUCUGUCUCACCUCUGCUGCUGAAUUUUGGAGGAGUUUGAUAAUUCUGAACACUGAGGGCCUCUCACAUAGUUCUGUGUCAGUGCCAGAGGUAUUAACAAAAGCACUUGCACUUAUGCUGAUCGUGCAAUAACUUUGCUAAAAUAAAUAUAACCGGCCUGUACUUUGUCCUGGUCCAAGUUGUACAACAGAACCUCUAAGAGGGGCAGGGGGAACCUGCAAGAGAAGCCGAGGGAGGAGUGUCCUCCCGAGCCUUUUCCACGGGACUGAGACAAUCUGCAGCUUGAGCUCUCUCUUCUUUAGUGUUGUCUAUCCCUGCAGUAAAACAGGGCAGACCUGGUUGAGGUCCGACAUCCUCUUCCACACAGCACCACACAGCACCGUGCUGGCCGCAGAGGCGGGUGGAAGUGACACUGACCGAGGGCAGAACCUGCGGCAACAACAGGCGACGUUGCCCUGUAGUGACAGGGACUGCGCAGAGGGUGAGACAGGCGGUGAACUCGUCGGGUGUCCCAGCUGAACGUGGCCUUGCUGCAUUAACUCCUUUGUGCAACCUGAUGAUGACGCUGGCUUGCGGGAUUCCUAAACUGAUGGUGUGAAAUCCUCCUCUUUUGAAUGGCAGGAGAAGGGCUAAGGGGGCUUCUCCCAAAUAAAAACGGACGGUUCCUGGUGAUAAGUAUUGCCUUAUGUGAUUAUAGAAUGCU